AUGGUGUGCACACGGUCCCCCGGUGUUCAGGCGACUCCUAGGCACAGUCAUGCUAUUCCCUCCAUCUCUCACAGCCGAUACUCUGCUCGUCUCAAACAUACAUGCCAGAAAAGAUCAAUGUCCCGUUGUCCCAACAACCCUGUUGAGUGUCGCAGGUGUCGGGAGGAACACUGUGUGUUUCUGCGACUCGUCUUCAAACAAGGUCAUGUGGGAGAGUGGAUCUCCAUAUGUCAUAUUUGCGACAAUCUAUGGUACCCGCCUCAAGAUCUACCGCCUGCCGAGCAGGUUUUGCGUAUUGAAGAAAUUCGUGCAGAUGAUGAAAGGAUUCGCGGACAUGGAGGCACUCGAGAAAAGACCGUAGUGCAAUUCAGCCAGUCGCAAGGUAAUAUGGUGAGCAAAGGUACUGAGGGAGGAAGUAGCCCGGUGCGGGAUGGUCACAUAUUGACAAGUCCGGUGCCGUCAAUAGAUGACUUCUUCGGAAAGGGAGUGGAGGAUUCACAGGGCGAGGGAGGGGGGGUCUUGCACACAAACAAUGGUCUCGACCGCUGGGUUUGGGUCAUUAUGUGGACAGCUAUGAGUCUCACUUGCUAUCGGGGCAAUAGUGGUUUGCUGACAUUGUUUCAGGCUAAUGCUAUGCCAGAAAUAGUAUUAUGCAAGGCUCCAUAUUCAUUCUUCAAAUUCAUGGAGCACAGGUGCAUCAUGGCAGAAAUGGAGGAAUGUCGGUGGGAGAUCUAUUUGAACAUUGACAAGGAGAUUUGGGUGAGUGAGCGGGAACAUUCUAUUUUGGGCCAUCUAGCUAGGACUCCGGGGUGCGCAGGAGAGGUGGGUAACAAGCGGGCUAGAAAAAAACGGGGGAUUGAGAAAGUGGAGGUUAUGGAAGGGUCGUCUGGAUUGUCGAUUGACGAGAAGGAAGUGGUCAUGGGAUGGAAGGCACAUGCGGCUGCAAAGGGCAAGUGUGCAAUCAAUGUCUAUUGUGCUAUAUCAGAUGCCCUAGUCGCUGAUGAACUUGUGACACUGCAUUUGAUUAUAGAAGAUGGAAAAGAGAUUUAUGAUCUCACAUGGGAAUAG